AUGUUGACUUCCAUUGUGACGAUUUCAUUCGUGUCCGCUGUUGCCGGAGCUACGACCUUCAGUCAUUCACAGGCAGGGUACAUCAAUUACACUGCCGUCACAGGCUAUUUCCUGCAGGACGACCCGGCGACCAAUGCGUCUACCUUCAAUUAUACCCAAAACAACUUCGGAUUGAAGAAUGUUACAUAUCCCAUUGUGGGAUCUGCCUCCAAUUUGACUCAAUGGCAGCAAUUCGCGCUGCAGGUUGAAGCCCUGAAUGCCGAAAGUCCAUUGGACACUGUGUACAAGGUCUUCUUUCUAGGCAGACACGGCCAAGGAUAUCAUAAUGCGGCCGAAUCCUUCUACGGUACUCCUGCUUGGAAUUGCUACUGGGCUCAGCUAUCCGGGAACGGAACGAGUACCUGGCAAGAUGCAGACCUGACGCCGGAUGGAGUCCUCCAAGCUGAAAUUGCACACAAUUUCUGGAAUCAAAGCUAUGCCGUCCAGAAGGUUCCUUAUUUGCAGUCGUACUAUACUUCGCCAUUGCGACGAUGCCUGCGUACUGCCAACAUUACUUUCUCGGGCCUCAAAACACCGCUGUACUAUCCAUUUGUUCCGACCGUCAAGGAGUUCUUCCGCGAGGGGAUCUCGCUUCAUACUUGUGACAGACGCGGCAACAGGAGCAGCAUUCACAAAUCAUUUCCUACCUACAAGUUCGAGGAAGGAUUCAAUGAGCAAGAUGUGCUGUGGACCGGUGUUGUGGCUGAGACUUCGAGCGCGCAACAACUUCGCUCCCGCAAAGCAUUGGACGACGUCUUCACCAACGACGAUCAUACAUGGAUUUCUGUGACCUCUCACAGUGGCGAGAUCGCUUCGCUGUUGAGCGUACUAGGCCACCGAUCAUUCAGCCUCGCCACGGGUGCGAUCAUUCCAGUUCUCGUGAAGGCAAAAUUCUUGCCGGCAUCCGCAGCGCCAACGACCACCGUUCUGCCUUUCACUACAAGCACAUGGUGUCACAAUGGCCCACCAAUCACAAGCAAUGCAUCAAACCCGCAAGGUUGCUUAUGCCAGCCUACCACUGCUCCUCUCCCGAACCUGAAUACCGUAUCGGCGUUCUUGCCAGGCCAGACAGCACCGAUCAACGAGUUCGCCACUACCACAACUAUUGGUCGUUCGUCAAGUACCGCCAAAUGCAGCACAUCAUCGUCCGUGGCUGCUACCUCGCGGAAAUACCAUUCGAACUCGCCCUGGGCAUACCCAACCGGAAAGCAAUGA